CAAGCAUAGAUAUUGAUAGAUAUCGAUAAUCUUGAGAAAACAAGAUUAGUAAAAUUCAAUUCAUCAAAUAUGUCUACAAGAGGUUCCUUGGGUUCGUAUAGUUUUCAAAGUUUUGUUGAGCUUUUGAAGUUUUAUAGGUCGUCGUCCAGCUCUAGCACCAGGUCAUAUGUUUCUCCCGGAUAUUGUCAAGGUUUCGCUGCGGCCAAGACCCGUCGUGGUUAUUCAUUUCAUCAUUCUGGGUUGCAAUUGAUCAACUCUGCUAACAAAGAAACAUGGAGAGAACCAGAUACCAAUUUGGUGAGGAAGGACGAGAGUAACAAUAAUGUUGCACCACCACCACCACCUCCUCCUCCUCCUCCAAGAUUUAAUUUUGCUAUUUGGGCGAAAAUGAUCUUCGGCUCUCUAUUAUCGUUCUUGCUACCUUUCUGGAGUCAAAAAUUGCAGAAAAUCCGGCAAAUACAAGGAGAAACUGAGAUGGUAGUUGAAGAGGUAGAAAAAGUAGCAGAGGUAGUAGAAAAGGUCGCGAUUGCGGCAGAGAAGUUAUCAGGAGAUGUGGCAGAGAACCUCCCUGACAGUGCAAGAUUAAAACAAGCUGCUUUGUUUUUAGAACGCAUUUCGGAAAAAACUGCACACGAUGCUCAUGUCACCGAAGAUUUCAUGCACAAGGUCGACGCGGUGGAGCGGGACUUGGAUGCCUUGGAGAAUAUAGUUGAACCUCUCAUCAACAAGUUUGCUGAGAAAGUUUCUGUGCAAAAAGAUGGCAAGUCCUCUGCUGGUAAUUGCAAUUUCAAUUGAUCAAGAAGAGAACUUGGACCGAGAAAGUCACCGUGAAGAAGAAUUUUAUUUAUACAUAAAUCAAUAAAAUCUACAUAUUCAAUUUGUUGUAACAGCCCGCCCUCCAUGAGCCUAGUGAAUAUUGUCCCGCUUUGGCCAAUCCACACUAACUUGCACGGAUUUGUUCUCCUAAGACCUAAGUUAGGACAUUUGAUUUAUUAUAUUAUGCACUUAAUUAUUUCUUUCCAUGG